UUUGUGAACCAGUCGUCUGGCUAAAGAUCGCCAUUUUAAUUCCCGAUACUUUGUGAUAUUGUUUACAAACAGAGCUUGAAAAUACCCACAAAACCGGUCAAAUUAAAGCAAAAGGCACCAAAAUGGCGUCUCUUCCGCCAAAGAGGAAAGAGAUUUACAAGUAUGAGGCACCUUGGACGCUGUACAGUAUGAAUUGGAGCGUCAGACCUGAUAAAAGGUUCCGGUUGGCUGUCGGCAGUUUUGUGGAAGAAUACAACAACAAGGUUCAGAUUGUGUCACUGAAUGAGGAGACGUCAGAGUUUGAGGCUAGGAGUACAUUUGAUCACCCGUACCCUACCACCAAGAUUAUGUGGAUACCCGACAGUAAAGGUGUAUUUCAAGAUCUGGUUGCUACUAGUGGUGAUUACUUAAGGGUCUGGCGUGUGAGUGAUACCGACACCAGACUGGAAUGCCUCUUGAAUAAUAAUAAGAACUCCGACUUCUGUGCUCCGCUGACAUCCUUUGAUUGGAACGAGGUUGAUCCAAACUUGCUUGGAACCUCAAGCAUCGACACCACAUGUACAAUAUGGGGCUUGGAGACAGGCCAAAUGCUAGGCAGAGUCAAUAUGGUAACUGGUCACGUCAAAACACAACUCAUCGCUCAUGACAAAGAGGUUUAUGACAUCGCCUUCAGUCGAGCCGGAGGCGGGAGGGAUAUGUUUGCAUCAGUUGGUGCUGAUGGCUCGGUGAGAAUGUUCGACUUGAGACAUCUGGAACACUCAACGAUCAUAUACGAAGAUCCCCAGCACCAUCCGUUACUUCGACUGGCCUGGAACAAACAAGACCCCAACUACCUUGCCACAAUGGCCAUGGAUUCAUUUGAGGUGAUCAUUCUUGAUGUGAGGGUACCCUGCACACCGGUUGCCAGACUCAACAACCAUAGAGCCUGUGUGAAUGGCAUAGCCUGGGCUCCACACUCCUCUUGCCACAUCUGCACAGCAGCGGACGAUCACCAGGCUCUGAUCUGGGAUAUUCAGCAGAUGCCUCGUGCCAUUGAAGAUCCUAUCUUAGCCUACACUGCCGACGGAGAAAUCAACCAUAUCCAAUGGGCUUCCACUCAACCAGACUGGAUUGCCAUCUGCUACAAUAACUGUAUGGAAAUACUCAGGGUUUGAACUGGGAACCUAGGGGAGGGGAAUGUAAACACCGUAAGAAAUCUGCUUCAGAAUGGAAAAUAUUGUGACCAGGUCCUACAAAAUGAUUCUUAAGCCCUAUUUUCAAUAAUGCUAUUUUUAGUAAUGUGAGGAAGAGCAGAGUGAACUUGUUAAGAUGUAUGACCUAUUUACCGUCCUGACAAAAAUAGACAAUGCUGAUGGUUCCCAUUGAUUUAUGUUUCAUCACAUUCAUGCUGAGCUGAAACUGUACCAGGAGUAUUGUGUAAUGUAUAUUACACUUCACUGGUUCCCUGCUGGUUAUUGCUAAUAGGACAUAAAGUUGCUAACCAAUCAGGCUUUGUCUGAACUAGUUAGCUGCAGCUUGAAGUUGUACACAAGUCUUUGGUUGUGGCUCAAGCCAGUUCUCAUAGAGUCAUGUACAAUUUGAAGCCAGAGCCAAGUCCAUCAUGCACAGUCUAAUAUCUUCUUGGAAGAUUGCAAUUGCUGUAGUUUCUUUGUGGCUACACCUGAAGCCAUCGUAUUUUUGGCUACGACUUGGUGUUUGCCACUGAUGUAUCACUCCAAAAAUCCAUAGCCAUAGAUCUAGAAGCCCAGUCAAGAUACGGCAUGACUAAAUACCUCCUAACAAAAUUUGUACAUGUUGAUCAGUUCUGCUGUGAGGCAUUGUGGGUGGCUGGUGACCAAUUCCCUGUGAUUUUUUGCCUUUCAGGGAUGAAGACUUGUACAUAUAAUUGGAAUAUACUUGGAAGCAUACAUUUCCCAUACAAUUGGAACAUACAUUUCCCAUACAAUUGGAAGCAUACAUUUGCAAUAUAAUUGAAGCAUACCUGUACAUUUGCCAUAGAUUGGUAAACAUGCAUUUGCCAAAGAACAGGAAAAUAUGCAUUUGCCAUGGAAUGGGAAGCAUACAUUUGCCAUAGAAUGGAAAGCAUACAUUUGCCAUAGGAUUGGAAGCGUACAUUUGCCAUAGAAUGGGAAACAUGCAUUUGCCAUGGAGUACGAAGCAUAUAUUUGCCAUGGAGUACGAAGCAUAUAUUUGCCAUAGAGUUGGAAGCAUACAUUGCCCUUAGAAUUGGAGGCAUAUAUUGCACGUAGAAUUGUCAGAGGAAGGCAAAAUACUAUUCAGCAAUUUUUAUCACACAGUUGUUAGAUUUUCAUCUUGGAGUAUACAUAUUCUCCUCUACUGGGACAAGAAUUUUGAUAUUUUCAGAGAAAAAGGAGAGCAUUUUCUGAUGUCCCUUUCAUUUGCGCUCUGAAGGAAUUUUUGUAUCCAGAGAAGCAGAGGGUUUUAUCUUGAAGACAAAAAUUGUAAAAAUAGCUCAUCUCUUGUUUGUAAAUAUGAAAUGCUGUAGUGUGCAGAUUGUAUUUGAUGUUUGUUAUGUUUUUAAGAAUUUCUGUAAACUAUUGUAUUUCUUGCAUGCCAUAAUCAAUGUAAGGCUGGUUGGAAUGGUCAAACUUGUGUGAUUAAUUCUCAUAAAAAAUAAUGGCCCACAGAAUUGCUCAGUAUUACAGUUCUUAGCUGCUGGUGAACUGUGUUUGUAAGAUUGUCCAUGAAAGAAAUCCAUAUUCAUCCUGUGACCACUGACACAGAUUUUGUUCAUUUCUAAGGAGGUAAGAUUUGAAACCGUUUUGAAUUUAUUGCUGAUUGUUUUUUUAUACCACCGAAUUUUAUAACACCUAAUUUUCAAAGAUCCAGAUCAAAAGAUGAUUACACUGAAAACAAUAUAGUUACCCCUAAAGGUGCCAGUCACCUUUGCUACCUGGGGACAAAGGUAGUGGAGAGAAUGCCCUUUAUAUGCUUACUGGUUUAUAUUACCUAAAAUGAAUGACAGCCAUCUGCGUACACUGCAUGUACGGACAGGUUGUCACUCCAUCGCUUUUUUGUUUCAGCACACAUAAAGAAAUUGGAAAAUCACACCUUUUUUCAACCCUUUACCAGUAUGCCCCUCAAAUUUCCUACUUUAUCUUCUUGUUAUACCAUCAUCUCUUACAUGCCUCCGUGUGAAAUGAGUCAUGACAUUGAAGAGACAGAAAAAUUUCUCAUUUAAAACAGCUUAAAAGUUGUUUUGAAUGUGGUUAUUUAUUUGGAUGAAUCCAGCGUAGCUUAGCUGCCUUAAUCAUGAUAUUAAAGAAUGUACAUAUUCAUACAAAUCUUCAAUUCUUGAUUAUUGUCUACAUUUGAUCCUCCCAUUUUGGGUCUCACAUUGUGAAAGAAACUAGUAGCUGUUUACUGCCAAGAUUAGUGGACAAUGUUCAUUUCAUGGCAGGUACAAACCAGGAACUUUAUGUAUGAAUCCCCCAGUUAUUCUAGAAAUGCAACGAAAGCAUUCAUUGCAUUUAUCAAUCUGAUCCUUAAUGGGAUUUUAUUUUCAAUGUACAGGACAUGUACAUAAAGUUUGACCAACUCUGUAUGGACACCUUUACCGUUUUACAAAUUGUACCAGUAGUUGGCGCUAUACUGGUCAAAUGGUACUGACAACACUGCCCACGGAGCUGGACAUGUCUGUUACAGUGUACAUGUACAUUCUAAAAGUAGCAAGUUGCAUUUGAGUCCAGAACAGGUGUAUCAAAAUCCCAUUUCAAGUCUGGACACAAAAGGAGGGUGAAGAGUAACAGGAAUCUCUUUCUUACAGUUCACUUGAAUGUCGCUUGUGACCUUGGUGGCCUGCAUAACGUGAUCCGCACAAGACCGGCAACUUUACAAAACUCUAUAUGUAGACAAGGCCUUCCAAACCUGAAAUCUAGCACUCCUGACUUCACUCAGUUCAUUGCACGUAUACAUUCAGUGAUCUAAAACUUACCCAUGUGUACAGGAAUGUUCAAAAUAAAAGAAUUUUAGAUGUA